AGGAGCUCAGACACCAAUACCUCCCACCCUGAAGUUUGCAUCCUCACCCUCCAGCAUGAAGAUCUCCGCAGCACUUCUGUGUCUGCUGCUCACAGUGGCUGCCUUGAACACCCCGGUGCUUGCUCAGCCAGAUGCAACUGUCCAAGUCACCUGCUGCUAUACAUUCAUCCACAAGACGAUUCCAAUGGCGAAGCUGGUGAACUACACAAGAGUCACUAGCAGCAAGUGUCCCAAACAAGCUGUGAUUUUCAAGACCAAACUGGCCAAGGAGAUCUGCGCUGACCCCAAGGAGGCCUGGGUCCAGAACUCCAUAGAGUACCUGGACAAGAAAACCGAGACUAAGAAGUCUUGAACACUCACCCACGACCCAAGAAUCUGGACCUAAUUUAUUAUCUUCUAACUUGCCCAAAAUGCCCUCUGAUAUUAUUUUAUUGUAUUUUCAAAGAACAUGAACUUUGUUUAUGUAUAUGAAACAUGAUGUCUUAAGUAAUGAUGGUAACCUUAUUUAAGUUAUUGUAUGUUUUAAUUCUAUUUUCCAUGAAUACUUGUGUGUUUUAGAUAUGGAGACUUAGUCAAAUCACUUUCUUCUGUGAACCUCAGUUCUGCCCCUCAAAUGGAAUGAGGGUCCUUGCAAAAAUCAUUAAUGCAGGCACCUGUUGUUUUAAAUUCUAAGGUACUGCUAACAGUGUUACUGUGGAGAUGUAUGUGACAUAAUUAUUGAACAAUAUAUAUAUAUUUUUGUACAAAA